GCCUCUCUUCCCCGCACCUCAAGCUACCUGCUUUAUUUCCUUAAAUCUCCUCCAACCCAACCCCAUCCAUCCAUUAGCCCACGGGGGCCUUGUGCCCUUACCUUACCUUGCUUCAACCUCACUUUAUUAGUAGCUAGCUAGAGUGCCCGGCCUCUCUCUCUCUCUCUCUCUCAUUCGAUCUUGCUCGCAGACAGUGAGACAGACUGGUUGCUGCUUUUCUUGCCCCUUUUAUUUAGUUACAAGCUAUAGUUUCUUCAGCUCCACUUUAAUAAGAUGAUCGCAGUCUGUUAUCUCUAGCUUACAUCUCAAGCAUCGAACUGCCUGCUGUCCCCUGCUCAGAGAGCUAAGCUGAGCUUGAGCUGAGCUGCUGAGAUAGCGAGCCAACCGUCGCUUUUAAUUUAUAUCGCCCGCCAGCGCGCCAGGCCGUCUCAUAAUCAUUGUUGCCAUCACCUGCCGCUAACUGGCGGCUGCUGCUGCUGCUGCUGCUGCUCUGCGCCCUGCGGUACUAGUCUCGAAGAAACUGAUCCAUGAUCUGAUCCCACAGCACAAGUCGGGCUUGGCAGGCGCGCGCGCGGUGCGCGGUGGGCAAAGAGCAGCUUAGAGCGUGUAAGUUGCCCGGCCAGCCGCCGGCCUCGCUAGCUGCCCCAUCCAACCGAGAUCGAUCCAUGGGGCGCGAGGCGGCGGCAACGAGGCCCAAGCUGCGGAGGGGUCUUUGGUCGCCGGAGGAGGACGAGAAGCUCUACAAUCACAUCAUCCGAUAUGGCGUCGGCUGCUGGAGCUCAGUCCCAAAGCUCGCAGGCUUGGAGAGAUGCGGCAAGAGCUGCAGGCUGAGAUGGAUCAACUACCUGAGGCCUGACCUCAAGAGGGGCAGCUUCUCCCAGCAGGAGGAGGAUCUCAUCAUCAGCCUCCACAAGAUACUAGGCAACAGGUGGUCCCAGAUCGCAUCGCAGCUGCCGGGGCGGACGGACAACGAGAUUAAAAACUUCUGGAACUCGUGCAUCAAGAAGAAGCUCCGGCAGCGGGGCAUCGACCCGGCCACGCACAAGCCGCUCAACGACGACGACGACGUCGUCGUCGCCGCGGACGACAACACCGUGGCGCCGCAUCGUCAUCAGGACGACAAGAAGCUCGCCUCAUCAACCGACGACCAAUGUUUCGCCGCUAUGGGCGCCGCCGCCGCCAGCAGCGACGACCCUCUCGCGCCACACUCCCCGACCGUCAGCUUCGACCCACUUUCCGUGACCAACGUCCCGACAAUGCAGCAGGGCUCCUACGGCGCCGCGCACUCCUUCGGCCGGUCCGACAACCACCUCUGCGACUACGGCGGCGUGGACGUGGUCUCCGACGCAGCGACGACGUAUAGCGCCUACACAGGCGGCGGCGACAGCUCCAGCAACAGCAACGGAACCUGGACCUGCGGCGGCAACAAUGUUGUCGGCGGCGACCCGAUGCCGCCGCACAUGGACAUGUUCGGCCGCGAUGCCGAGGCGGUGUACCAGCAGUUCGACCCGGCCAAGUACAGCCCCUGGCAGCACCAGCAGCAGCACCCGGCGGCGGCGAGGUUCGAUGGUCACAACGUCAGCAGCGGCGGCGCUGCUGCGGGCUUCCUAAUCCGGCGGGACCUGCCGGAUUCCUGCUUCGACCUCGCCCGUAGCGCGCUGGAGGACGAGUUCAGCGUCGACUUCCUCUAGCUGACGGCUCCGCCGGCCGAGAGGUCGUUGAUGCACAUGUCGUUGACGUCCGAGGUCCAACACUCACUCGACACUCGACAGACACACACAGAUACACUUCAUUCACUACUACUACUACCUCCUCAGAAGCAAGAUCAUAUCACCCAACAAAAGACACUCCUGAAGCAUCUUUGUCUGGCAUGUUCGUUCGUUAUUUUUUUUCCUUUUUCUCGUUUCAUCAGGUCCGGUCAUACUUAUCUGGACCGAUCGAUCAAGUUGUUUAAUUAACAUGUUGGUGGUAUGGUAUACUGUGUUUAUAAUAAGGGUUUUAUAUAUAUUAUACAUACUAUAUAUAGACCUCAACUAUAUUCAUGGGAACCAUAUAUUUUGUCA